GGGAGCUUUGGUGUGAUGAAAGAGGUUAAAGCUGCCAUAUCGUGUGAUAAACCAUCCAGGUUAAGCUUAAAGCACGUGUUGUCGCUUCCAGGUCUUGCUGCCACACUCCCUAGAUAUUCAUAUGAUGUCAGAAGAGUUGAAAUCACUCCCCCGGAGCAGAGGAAGGUAACGUUUGAUACUCAUGCCUUAGUGCGGGAUCUGGAAGCCCACGGCUUUGCCAAAGAACAAGCGGAGACUAUCGUGUCAGCAUUAAUAACCCUCUCAAAUGUCAGCUUGGAGACAGUCUAUAAGGACAUGGUUACCCAGGCUCAGCAGGAAAUAACGUUGCAGCAGAUCAUGGCACAUUUGGACUCCAUUCGAAAAGACAUGGUCAUCCUGGAGAAAAGUGAAUUUGCAAACUUGAGAGCAGAGAAUGAGAAAAUGAAAAUUGAACUAGAUCAAGUUAAACAGCAGUUAAUGAAUGAAACCGGUAAAAUCCAAGCCGACAGCAAGCUAGACAUAAACCUAGAAAGGAGCAGAGUGACAGAUAUGUUUACAGAUCAAGAGAGGAAGCUGAUGGAAGCAACUACAGAGUUUCAUAAAAAAGAUUCAAGUACCAACAGCAUUAUAUCAGAGAUCAGUAAUAAAAUUGACACUGAAAUAGCUUCCUUAAAAACGCUCAUGGAAUCAAAUAAACUCGAUACGAUACGUUACUUGGCAGCUUCGGUUUUCACUUGCUUAGCGAUAGCACUGGGAUUUUACAGGUUCUGGAAGUAGUACAAAACUGAACGACCCCAUCAAAUACAGGUGGAGAAAAGAACAGCCAGGCAGCGUCUGCCAGACCAUCACAUCUGUGCUGUAGAUCGCUGUGGUACCUCCAGUUUUGAUAUUCCUGUUCUGAUUAUUGUGCACUUAAAAUGUUUUCUGACUGUAACACAACUGAGAUAAUGUGGGGGAGAAGUUGGCAAAUAAUAGUCAAAUUUCAUUAUACUUCCAAAGAUUUUGUAUAUUAAAUGAGAAAGUGUUUCCUAA